UCAGCACCUGUCUUUGCACGACGGGUGUCAUAUGUAAGCAGCCACAUCUGCGAUAUGGCUAUCACCGGCACCGCUUGGUGAGAGAGAGGAUUGAUUCAUGCCAUGCUUGCUCCAGCGGUCUCUCACCUUCACCAGCUCCACGCCGCUAGCUCCGCAAGGCUACCUAGUUACUGUAUAUCAAGUCACCCACGCUGAGCACUGCCUCGUACCUCUUAUCACCGCACUCCCAUAAUCAGCAUGCUUUUACUAGAUCUACCUCCAGAGUUAUUUCAGCGGAUCAUUGGGAUCCACGCCACCACAGUGAGCGCUCGACGGGCUGCUAGAGCGCGCGAGGUAUCCAAAACAUUCCGCGAUUAUAUCAACGAAGAGCUGUUCGCGAGACAGUCGGUCAGCAAAUUUAAGGCUCGUGAAGGGAAAAGGCUGCUCAAGAAGAACCUAGCCUUGUUUCUUAGCUAUCGAGCGAAGGCAUUGCAUGGAGCUCCAGGCUUUCUUCCCGAACUCAUUCAUGCUACAGUCGAGAAGCUUGUGGACUUCGUCGGGUCCGCGGACCUUACAGCACGAACUCGGUGGACCGAAACGGUUACGCAGGUGAUAGCUCGCCGUUAUGGCUCCGUCAACGCCGCGAUUGCGCCCUACCUAUACCAGCUUCGGGAUCUGAAAGAUGAUCGAAUAAGCUAUACUGCUCUUGCCGUGGCGUUGUAUGCCAGAGAUACGGAUGUGGCUGCAGCUAUGAUCGGAGCUGGGAUGAAUCCUUGGGAUCAGAGCUGUCUCUUCAGCUGUGCAAUCUACAUUACAACGGAAGUGAAUGAUCUUCACAUCUUGAAGAUGCUCCUUUCCGCCGCCGACAAACUCGAUAUGGACAUGAGUAGUGAGAGUCGAAAGAAGCUGCAGUAUCGGACAAUUACCAGGUCAAUUCAUAACGCAACUCAUGCUGGUUAUUGGGAUGUGGCGGUAUUGUUGCUCGUGUGGGGUGCUACAAACAUCAAGAAACCUCCUUGCAGUACUGUCAAGUUCUGGAUGGAACGCGCAGCAGCAGCCGAUGGUCUGGACUUUCUCGACAAUAUUCGCAAGCUUGGUUAUAUCCGGCACAGCAUCAGCAACUAUGCACAUUGCAUUAUCCGGGGCCUGCUCAGAAACCCUAUGCCCGAUUCAGCCCUUCGGUUCUGUAUUCGAAAUGGGUUGUUAAACGAGCACAACAAGACCAGCACAUGUAAAAACACUUCUUAUCACCAUCUCCUAAAUCUGGCUGUCUUGGAACGGAACAUCCUCCUGGCUAAGGCUGCACUUGCUGUCAAUGCAUAUGCCGACCAGCCCGCCGCACUUAGAACCGCCAUAAGCCUCGGCGACACAUCCAUGGUUCGGUUCCUCCUUGACAGCGGCGUAGAUCCCGAGGGACUGAUGCAUCCGCCUGUGGAGAAGACUACGUGUGAGCUUGCAGAGCCUGAUUCUGAAGUUUACCAUGCACUGAAGUCUGCAAUCCACAAGAAGAUGCAACGACUGGGCACAAACUAUCGUCCGCCACACCAGGUGGUCCGUACCAGCAAGAAAGAUCCAGGUGUUUAUGUGGCCUACACCUUUCACGCCCCCAGACCCUGAUUACGAGGCUCAGACAGCGAAGCUCUAAAGUCUACGACACAUACCUUUGAGCGAGCUUCACCCCCCUGGCGAUCCUAAGUCUCUUGAUAUAUUCCAAUCCCUUGAUUCCUUCAUUACGUUCGUUCUCUUUCACUGUUAGGUACGAAACAUC